AUGCCUGAUGUUUGCUCUUGCUUGUCCCGGCUAAUCCCGGUAUACCGAGGUGCGGAGAUCACGAGAUUCGCAGUUCAGGCUUCCACCACCAACAUGACUUUGUUAGAGUAUUUGGCCGACGUUCUUCCUAGUCCCAUCUACUCAUUUCUUCUCACUUUUAUGUCCAAUGUUCUCAACCUUUUCACCGCAUUUCUCCGUCUGGCCACCACCCUCUACUCCCAAGGUCCAUUUGAAUGGAAUGCCCAGACUCUCCUACCUCCCAUAAUCAGCAUCUUGGCUGCCUACCUCGCCCUAGCCAGUUUGUAUCGCACAACAAGCUGGAUGUUCAGGACAGGCAUGUGGUUUGUCAAGUGGAGCAUCAUCCUUGCCGCAUUGUUGGCCACCACUGGAUGGUUCAUGGAAAAUACUCAAGGAAAUACCAUUGGAAACUAUAUGUCCAUUGGAGGUUCCGUAUGGAAAUAUGUGGCGGAUUCAACGCAGAAAACUCCUCUCGGCUCAUCCUCGUCUCGAUCACGAAAGGCUAGACCUAAACCUUGGGAGUUGUUUGAGCGCCACCGCGAGUGGCAGUAUCAGGAGAGGGAGGUUGGACAUGACGAUCUCCCCGAUUUCAUCAAGAAUAUCGUUGACGGAGCAAAGGCUGUUUUCGAGCGUGGUGAUUGGCAGUGGGUCAUUGGGGGAAGCGAUCAACGUAAAUCUGACACCACGAGUGGAUCGAAACGUAGUAGUCGAUCAAGCAAUUCGCGUUCGAGGUAG